CAGGGGCGGGCCCCCGGCGGAGCCGCAGCCGAGCCAGCUGCGCGCGGACCCACUCGUGCGGGGUCGGAGCCGCGGCGGCUGGAAGGCGCGAGCCGGGGGCUGCAAAACUCCUGCUCUAAGAAGUUCAUUGUAGACUGCUGUCUCGUCACUCGCAGACUCGUACAGAGAGGAUGCCCUCUGUUGAAAAUAGCACAAUGGCUGACAGCAAAACAAAGUCCGCUAAAUCUGCAAAUAAGACUCCUCCAAAGUCUCCAGCAGAUCCAGCAAAGGAGAAGGCAGCUAAACGGCUAUCCUGCGAGUCCAACAGUUCCCUUGAGGGGGCCGUGGCAGGAGAGCUCAGUGCCCUUGAAGAGGCUUUUAGAAAAUUUGCCAUCCAUGGAGAUACCAGAGCCACAGGAAAAGAAAUGCAUGGGAAGAACUGGUCCAAGUUAUGUAAGGACUGUCAUGUGAUAGAUGGGAAGAAUGUGACGAUCACAGAUGUUGACAUUGUCUUCAGUAAAAUCAAGGGGAAAUCCUCUCGGACAAUUACUUUUGAACAGUUUAAGGAAGCUCUUCAAGAACUCUCCAAGAAACGAUUUAAAGACAAGAGUGACGAGGAAGCGGUUCAAGAAAUACAUAAGCUAAUUGAAGGAAAAGCCCCAAUCAUAUCUGGAGUAACGAAAGCUAUUUCAUCUCCAACUGUAUCGCGCCUUACAGACACAACAAAAUUCACGGGUUCCCACAAAGAGAGGUUUGAUCCCAGCGGGAAAGGAAAAGGCAAAGCAGGACGAGAAGACCUCGUUGACGCUUCAGGCUAUGUAUCUGGGUAUAAGCAUGCAGGCACAUAUGAUCAUAAAGUACAAGGAAGCAAGUAAGCCUGGGUUAAAAACCUGAGAGAGAAUAUACUUGUAAGAAAGAUGUAGAUGAAUCCCACAUGUUUCAGUUAUCGUGAAUGCUAAGACUAUGUUGUCAAGACGUGUUUUCAGGAACUGGAACUGAUUUCAACAUCUGAGAUAUUUGCAGCACAGCACCACUUCAUUACAUUCCUCAUGCUUACAUUGGCAAAAAAAAACCCAAAACAAAACCCGUAAAUAAAAGGUAACACAAAAGUUGCUGAACUUUAGACAAGAAACCAAAAGCAUGGGCUGUUAUUCCACACCUUGUCAAUACUAGCAAAAGAUCUGCAAACAUUCCUAAAUGUCCAGUUUGUUCUUGGGUGUAGAAGACGGUUAACCUCUUUCCAGGUAAGUGGGAAGGAGAGUCUUGUGAUAGCAGCCUUUCUGAAGAGAAUAUCCAGAUAUUUAUGCUUUUUGAUUUGACUACUUAUUUAUUUUUAAAGGUAUCUUAAAAGGGCACUGCCCACAAAGACACAAAUUCAGCAUUGUACUAAUGGGAAAUAAAUGGCUGGAAUAUACAAGGUGCUAUCAUAAAAAUCAAGUUUCUACACCAUUUGUGAACAGCAAAAAAAGGACUUCUUUACUCUUGACUGAGACAAUUUAGGCUCCAAUUUAUUAGUGUCAGCAGAAAGAUGUGGAAGAUACCAGCCCGCAUUUCCCAACCCCUCAAAAAAUACCCAUAGGCAAACAGACUUCUCAGAGCCAAUACUGUACUUCUUGCAAAUUACCACGCAUACCAGUAGCAUGGUUCUGACUGACAUACAGGACCUGGAUGGAGCUAACAUACUAAUAUGAGAUGUAAAAAGACUAGGCAUUACUAAGGAAGUCUUGAUGGAUAUAUUAAUAUUGUUUGCAAUCUGUUUUUAGUUUUGCACUGCCUCUUGAGUGAAGUGAAGGGGGCAUUAAGUUGAGAUACUUUGUAAAUGAGAAAUAUGAACUAAAUACCACUGAGGAGAUUUUCAUUGUUUGAUGCAUAUUCUCAUGAACAGGUAGACACAUGCCCAGGGACCCACACUCUCUUUAAGUCAGACCAGAUUUAAGAAAGUCUGUGGUCAAUCUGAAAUACCCCCAAGAUGCUUAUCACAUAGUCAUAUAAGUGUAACCCACCACUAAGGCUAGUUAUGUGAUUUGCUAGUAUCCAUGUUUGAAGCAAAGAGGCUUGAUUCUCCCCCCACUGACCCUGUCAGUGCCAGGCAGGACUAAUUCCACCAAAGGCAAUGGAUUUUCACGGCUACAAGGGGAGAGUGCAGUUCUCCGUCUGAAAAAUGUUAUAAACAGGCUGCUGAGUACCAACCCAUCUAAGCCCAGUGUAAUAAGUGGUAGUCCUUUGAUUAAAAGUGGCUCCUUCUAUGUCACUUAGUUUGCUGGUCUUUGUAUUCUAAGCCAUAUUGGCUCUUGAAAUUUCCAUAGAACAAGCACUAGAUUUUCUCAGACUGCUGAUACAAAAUGAUAAAAAGUUCGGUUAGAUUGGCUGUUUAGAAAUGCCAGAUUAAAGUUCUGCUUUUCUUUCUACGAAACAGAGUUCAGACAUCAGCUUUAAUAUAGGAUAAAGGUUAAUCUACUAUAUUGCUUCUUUUUUAUCACAAUCCCAUGCAGGGUUCUACUGUGCCCUAAAUAAAUAGCUUUCUUUAGUGAGUUAUAUGCACUAAACUCAUCUAACUCCUCAUGCAGGGCAACACUCUGUACUUGGCAUAUGUCCAGAAACUGAACACUAGUUUUCAACCCUUCAACAGCCUGUUUUUUGUUUUCUGCUGACAUUCAAUGGAAGCUUUUCUUGUAACUUUGCCUCCCAUGACCCUUUCAGCCAAUGCAUUGACGGGAAACCAAAACAACAAUAAUAAACACAGGGAAAGCACUUCCUCAUGGGCUUGGAGAUUCUGUGUUUUGCUUUUUGUUUGUGGUUUGUUUUGAUUUUUAGUUUGGAGGAGAGGAGGAGGUUUGCCAAAGCUAACACGUGGUUUUUCACCAUUGGGCUUUUUCCUCUGGUGGCUCUGGGUACCUGAUACAAUUUUACACACACACUAGGCUGUCGGCCUGGAAAGAUUUUGUGAAGAGAUUUCCAAGUGCUUCAGAGCUUCACCCACGUUUGCCAAAUAAUCCAAUUCCUGAAAAAGGAAGAAUGAUCCACUUGAUAUCUCCUACUGGCUACCUGCCAUUUCUUGCAAAACUAGAUAAUAACUUUCAGCCAUGUUCUGGUACAUGGGAUUGCUAAAUUAUACCAAAGAGCAGUGGAAGGCAGAAAAAUGUAGGAAGUCAAUUCCUUCUCAAAAUACAGCAUUGAAGCUACACAUCUGGGCAGUCUUUGAGGACAUCUGUUUUUAUUACCAUGAGCAGAAGGCUAAUGAACCUUGAAUUGGAUUACGGGUACCAUAGUACAGAAGCUGAAUCUUCUUACCAUUGACAUGAGCACUGGGAGCCUGAUGCAGUUAAGCAGAUAUGGGUCAGAUCCAAAGCAAAGACAGCAUCCUGCAUGUCAUUGAAUCCUUGCAGCAUUACUAGCAAACUACCAGUACCUUAUUCAGUACACCAGGCAAUCCCAGCUCCCAUGGGCUGAAGCAUUAAGAGUGUUUUGAUGGUGAUGAAAUACUGAUGAUACCUGAGGUGUGUCAGUGGUCCAAAAGUUGUUGCCCUGCUCUGUGGCCAUGCAGAUGGUGUGGCAAAGCAUGCAGGGAAGAGAUUGAAACUCGCUGCUGUGAGCAAGUGAAAGGCCCCAGACAGAGAAGGGCCUGAGUACAGAGGAGGUUCUGUGUUUAGAGUGGGUGCUAGUCUUAUUUCCAUGUGCUGAUGUUGAGAAGAGGUCCUUAAUGACUGCUUGUCUCCCAGAUGUGGGUUUGAUGGUAUCAGCCCAGGUAUAGCCAGAGAUAUUACCUGCUACUUCUGUUUUUAGAGCUCCUUUAAAAACAAAAAAUGUUCCCUGAGUGUCUGAACUAUAGCUCUGAGAAAUCAAUGGGAAUCUUUCCUCUGACUUCAGUGGGCUUUGGAUCCAGAGAUGACAACGUUGUACCUUGAGGGACUUUCUUAAAAAGCAUGAAUCCAUUCUGCUUUCAUUUUUUUAAUUUUGGUUUUCUUUAUUGGGUGUGUAGAAAGUUGCUCUGAAAUGAGAGUGAGGAGGGAAGAUAAAAGCUGGGAAAACAGUCCAUUGUGACUCAUUUUUGUUUGUUUGAGAUUUGAGAACACAGGGGAGCAACAGCUCGAAAGCACCUAUUUCUCAGGUGUGGAUUCAUCCUGGCUCAUACUCAUAGUCUCUGUGGAAAGGAGUUGAAGAAUAUCUCCUGGCCCCUGUAUAGUUGCAUAUCUUGCCUGUGACACAGGCCUUUUCCCUUUGGCAUCUCAGAAGAUGGGCAGAGGGGAGGGUCAGUGAACAGGAGACAGUAGGAUGCACUCCAUCAAGAGGUGUGUAGUGAUAGGUGCUCUCACUGUGCACCAAUCCCUCAAAGUUGCACCAGAAAGGUAGGGACCUAACCCAUUACAAGUUUUGUGCUUGCCAUUCUUUUCCUUGUGCCUGAGCCCAUUCCAUUGCUCUGUAUAUCAGUCUGAUUUGAAGCGUAUAAUCUUGCCAGUGUCCCCCUCUCACGCUCUCUUUCACUCUCUCAUGCAUGCAUGCGCACCCCCCAACCAUUGUCCUCAUCAAGAUUCUGUCUUCUUUAUUGCAUUGCUCUCAAGUAUAAUUCAAUCUUGCAUCUUUUGAAGCUCCUAACACUGAGACAAAUGUGAUGAGAUGCAUCAAAUGCAUCAGGCAAGCAAGGUUCUUUGAGUAGAUGUGAUAUCUUUUAUUAGACCAACUGAGUACUCACAAGUUUUGUGCUUGGGGGGGACUCAGUUGGUCUUCUCAAAGAACCUUGCCUGCCUAUGUCCUUAGACCAACACAGCUACAACCAAAAACUCAGUUAAAUGCAUCAGGGCAGUCAUCCAACCCACACCGCCCCCCUGCUUUUUUUUUUUUUAAACAAAUUGAACGGUUUAUUUAAAAAUAAGUUCCUUAAAUUACGGGUGUCAAAAAAUGGACCAUGGGCCAGAUCGAGUCCAUGGAGUUAUGUUAUUUGGCCUGGGGAGCUAGAAAUUUGGUGGCGGGACAAGUGGUGGCUGCUGUGGUUCUGGGCACCACAGCAAUUAAUACUGCUGCUACUCAUUCUAUCCCCAGAUUUCUGGCCUUGUAGCCAGCCUGUGGAUCAGCUCCAUACUCCAGAUCCAGCUCAUGGGGAUCCUUGUGCUACCCAUCUGGCCUGUAGGCCUGGAUGAGUGACAUCUCUGCCUUAAACAAUAGGAUUGAGUAUGUUCUGUAGGACAUCCAGCCAUAGGGACUGGACUUCAGGCACAGUGUGUAAAUUGAAGCAUAUGCGUAAAUACUUGCAGGACAAAGGCCCAAGAUAAGAUGCUGAUUGAGACAAAAUAAUAUAAUUAAUUUUCUUAAAUCAUGAAUUGUCCUAAAAUUCUGUUUUGAUUCUGUCAUUACUGCUGGUAAAUCACUUAAAACAUACAAUGUGCUGUAAUGUAUAUGCAGUGUGGGUGUCUCACUACUUAGGACUUCUUUCCAGAAAUCCCAGUUAUAUAGAAUUUUCAGUAAAGUUUUCUUUUUUUUUAAUGCCACAUAAACUAUUGUGACAGCCUUACAUAUGGGCCAUUUUAAAAGCCAAUUUUGUUUCAGGAGUUUUUCUAUAUGAACAAUUUAUAUAACUUUUACUCAGAUAUUUAAGAAUCCAGACAAAGUAAAUAUUUUAUACUGAGUAGGAUAAGCCACUGGUUGUAACAUUUGCACGUUGAUUUCCUAGCAACCCUUCAGUUUCAGUCAAAGAUGUGUGAUUUAUUUCUGGGUGCGUGCGUGUGCGUGUGUACCUAACUCAAAAGACUAUUCAAAUAUCAGAAUGUAUAUUUUUCAGUAGUUUAAGGACUCCCCCUCCAAAGAUCUUUUUGAUUAACGCAUGAAAAUGUAAGUGUUUUGCUGACCCUAUGUGAAGAGGGAAAAUCCACCCCCACAGCUUUCUGGAGUUAUAAAAGACAUAAUCUAAUAUAUAAUAUUUUGGUAGCCUUUUAAUUUUUUUACUUAAUAAAUAACAUCUGGCAUUUCACAAAUCGGGUUUAAGGGAGUAAAAAGAAAUAAUUCCUAGCGGGUUGGUUUGCAGUGGUAGGUGUAUCAUACUGUCCCAUAUAGGCUUGCAAGGAUAUAUAUAAACCCCCCACCAGAUCUUAAAUUUGUUAUUUAGAAAUCAGGUACUAUUUUGAGGCUCUUAACUGUUAUAAAAUAAAGUGUGAUUCUUUGUGCCUGGCUGUACCACAGUGUCAUUGUUGUUAAGCAUAACCCUGCAUACAUAGCAUACAGUGAUGCAUAUGUUUGUUUAUAGGGGGCAUUUGUCUGUGUCUUUUGCCUAUAAGCACAAAGGAGUGUGCUCUGCCUCCACUGCCCAAGAAACAAUUCUGACUGCAAUAAGAGCAUGUAACAUGUAGGUUCUUUUUCGCACUAGCGUAUUCUUUGAGCAUGUGCCAAAAUAAUCAUAUCUUUUUGUUACUUUUUAUUUGUAAUGCAAAUAUGUGCUUUACUUGCCCUGUCAAUUGCUCAAUAGUAUGUAAUACUCUGUGUGUUUGCGUGUGUGUACCUGCAGUUGAUAUACCUAAUAUUUACCUAUAAGAGAGCUGAUUCAACAUUUAACGCUUGUAGGGGCAAAUCAUGACCUUGGCAUAGAGCUGUGGCUUGGCACUCUCCAUUGUGUGAGAACAGAAAUUCCUCUGAGCAGGUGCUGAGCCCCUGCACAGAUGUGCAGCCUCAUCCUGGCUCUAGAGGAAAGCAUCUUUAUCUCUGACCCUCAACUGACUGUAAUUCAGGGAUGAUGCCCCGGAGGAUUUCCUGCCUGGUGUUCCACUACAAGAGGAAUAGAGUGUGUUGUGAGAAAGUUGGAAAUAGCUUAUUGGCAUGGAUGUGCCCGAGGAAACUUCUUAAAGCUAUCUGCUGUACAGGCCCUUGUUCAUAUUUGGGGCUUAUUGACUCUAUGUGCUUUUGCAUCUCUAAUUUUUAAUGGCACAAGGCCAGCACACACACUUUUCUCUACAGAAGGCCAGCCAUCUCAGCAUCAAUUAGAUCAAUGCAGAGCCAGCGUAUGUUGGAGGGCAAAGGCUUUGUGUCCUUUUAUACCUAGGGCCCAAGGAGAUGGCCUGUAAUUCUUAUUAAAGCACAAUGGUUGAAUCCAGUAUAUGAAACAUAAUGGCAGAAAUGAUGAACUUGCACCAAAUUCUUACUCGUACUACUGUCCACAUUUUCGAAUGGGAAUGUCUCAACUGGACACACCAAUAAAUCCUGUAGCUGGAGUGGGUAGCCAUGUUGCUACUUAGAUACCCAGUUAUUUAUUUUAUGCCCCCCAAGUGCCCACUUGGGCAUGCAGAUUUUUUUGAUAAGCGUCAGCACUUGAAAACAUUGAGAGGUUAUUUUCUGCAUUCUUUGUGAAACCUUUCUGACUAUAAAACUAGUAAAGGGCCACACCUAAAUGCCAAUGUAAGAAGGUAGCUCUGGCGAUUUUGAAAGACCUACAAACUGGUGUUGUGGCAGCCUCUGGGAGUUUGGAUGGACUGGACAGAACCUCCAAACACCUAAAAUCAGGGGCCAUGGAAAUUCUGCCUAUUAGAAAUGCUUGUGUUUGCAGAAACAGCCAUUUUUCAGUAUUGCUCCAAAUACAUUUCCCUGAAACCAAAGGGGAAUUUCAAAGCCAGCUAAAAAUGAAAGAACCUAUAUAAUCUCAUAAAAGAUUUGGAAUGGUCUUGGAUUUUGGAUUGGUUCUUUUGUUUAAACCAGUUUCCAUUUUCCUGGUUAUGUGAUUUAAGUGGAGUCUUGCUAUAACAAAGCAGUUUGGUUAAAAAUAAGUAGAAUAAUCGUACCAGUGCAUUUACUGGGUAUUAUUAAAAGCCAGUUUGAAAUAUUCUAAAGCCAUUCUGAAAUGGCUAAUAGACUGUAAUAUCUUGUGAAUAUACAUAUAUAUUUGGGUAAUUGUAUCCAGGAUAUAAAUAAAUACUAUGAUUAUCAAAAGGAAGUAUCUUAAUUUUAGGCUUAUAAAUUCCUAUUUAAGCACUCAAAUUAUUGUCCCAAUUUUGAAAUGUAUUGAGCAGCUGGCAUAUUCAACUAAAAUCAGUCAGCUGAUGAAUUAUUUUUUAUAUGUUUGUAUACAGCAUCUCUUAAGCUCUUUAAUUCCUGUAAAGUAUAUGGCAUUUGAAGGAAGCAGCUUUCAUUGUACUUUUAGUCUUCUAAAAAAUGUAUAGUGAAAAGUUUUAAAGCUACUAACCAGUAGUGAACUGAGCCAGUGGUCUUCAGUUAUGAUGUAUAUUCAAGAUUUAGUUGCCUUUUACAGUAUUUAGCAAAUGCCACAGAACUUGAAUAAAGUUUCAUUCAUGUUAAUUAAAAAUUCAGCUUUGAAAAAAUAUAUUUAUGGGCCUCCCAUAACUCUCCAUUUUAAUUAGGAGUGGCUCUAUGGAGGGUACAAAAGAAAAAAGAAUAAAGGAAGACUCUCCCCCUACAUGAUGGUGCAUUAUUUUAGGUUCCAGUUUACAUUAGUUGAGUUUGUGUUUGAACUUGCUCAAGUGCUAUUUUAAAUAAAGCAAUUUAAAAAAUGUGAAAUAGUUCAGCUUGGGCUCUGCUAAAUAUAGCUGGUGUUAAUUCAGAUGUUAAUUACAGCUUUUUAUUUUUCUGUGGUAAAUUAUUCUUGCUAGAUAUAUACACAUUUUUAAAGUAGUUAAACUACAAAGCUAGAGCUCCUGUAAAAGAACCUGAACUUGUUGACAAAACUAUUUCUGCUAGCAAUGUAUUACAUGAGAUGACAAAGUAAGACAACAGGAAAAAUUAUAUGUAACAUGAGAACACGUGUUUUAUCUCUGGUGGGCUCAGGAUAACUUAGCUUCAGCAGACAGCUACAGCAGACCGUAUUUUCCCCAUAAUGUUGAUUGUAUAAAUUAGUUGGUUUGUCUUUUAAUGCUGCAUAUUAGAGGGAUAUAGUUAAUGUUGGGUAAAUAGGUCGAGGUAUAUCUUUGCCAAGAUUUAAAUUUUAAUAGUGUCAAAAAAUUAUCAAAGCAAAAAUGAUAUAUAUUUAUACAGAAGAAUAUUUUUUGAAUUCAGUUUCAGGGCUUUUUCAGCUGUGACCAUUUAUUUAUCCAUAUUAUGCUUUGCUCUUUCACUACACUUUUUAUUUGUAUCAUCUUGUUCCAGAAUACAGUUGAUUUGGCUUAUAUUUUGUCUCAUAUUUACACAUGUGGAGAAGUGCUUGCUGUCAGGACAUGCACACUUAACGUAGCAAGUGUAGAAGAAUUGCUUGACUUUGUGAUUACUGCUGUAGGUACUCAAUGUCAGAGCGCUGUUUGUGAUGCGGAGCUGGGUCUCGUUCUAGUCUUCCUUGGGGCACUGUGUAGCAUGAUAAAUAGCUUAAAUAAAUCUUACCAUUUCUUGAUCCUGCUCAGUUAUGUCUUUCAUCUUGGUCCAGAAAACCAGGAAGCUGCUGCGAGCUUAUAAUUCUUUUAUACUUAGUGUUUGUUUAGUAUUGGAAACAUUGCAAACGUUAACAUUCAUCUGUAUUAGCAUACUGCAUUCACUGUGAAAUUUUCAAUGUGGUAAAAAAAAACAACCCUAAAAGAUCAUUUAACCUUACAAGUUUACUUCUUUCUUACUAAUUUAUCACAUUUAUAUAUAUAUAUUUGCAUUAUUGCAAACGAACAACUUGAGCAUGGUGUUUCUUAAUUUUGACUGUAAUGACCAGACACAGCAGUAGCAGAGAUGUUUAACCUCUUGAGGAAGGGAAUCAGGCAUUAUUCAUUGGAAAAUGCACUGACUGACAUCCUGGCCCAAAUGAAAAUCAAUGGAAAAGUUCUCAUUCGCUUCAGUAGCAUGAGGAUGGCUUCAAGAAUGACCCACCAGGGCUAAGAGAGGUUAAUCCACUUAAUAACUGUAAGAAAGGUGAUGGGGGAGCACAACAGUGAUUCUGUUCCCAGAUCUUAAUUUCUUUUAAUUUACUACUAUUCACUCUUUUAAAUAAAUAAAAGAAACUUGAAAGGGGAUUGUAUACUACUAGUUUGUACUAGGUUUUUUCAGGAAAAGGAAACAUACACACACACACACACACAUAUACAUACACACACAUACAGUAAAAGCUUUGCUAUCCGGCAUGAGUGGGGUAAGGAGGGUGCUGGUUAUCGGAAUUAAUGCGGCGGCAGCAUGGGGUGGUGGAUGGUGGUGGCUGUGUGCAAACUCCUCCCCCUCCUCCCCCCCGCACAUGGCUCGCAGAGGGGAGCCACUACCCACACCCCUCCGGCCCUGCUAAAGAAAUACUUCAUGUGCAUGCUGGAUAAUAGAGUAUUCCAGUUAGUAAAAUGCCGGUUAACACAGGUUUUACUGUAUGUAUGUAUAUGUGUGUGGGUUUGUGUGUGUGUAUGUAUAUGUGUGUGUGUGUGUCUAUAUCUAUAUAUAGAUAUGUAGACACACACAAUAUAUUUUUACACUGUUUAUUAAUGCUAGAAAGUAUUAAAUGUAUCACUUUAUCAGUGUGAAUGUUAAAGUAAUGACAAUGUUAUGGAUGUUUAAAACUUUUUAAAUUGUCUUGUUAAUUUCUAAAGUUACAUUAACCGUGGGCAAGCUAGUUUUGUCCAGUAAACAAAGUUUUUCUUGAUAUUUAGCAAGAAAAGCUCAAGUAUGGCAGUUGUCUGAUUAGCACUGUUAAAGCUUGGCUUGAAAACUCUUAGUCAAAUCCAUACUGCAAACACCAUUGUUUCUUAAGAGCAUAGCUUCUCAUAAUGUAUGUUACUGCUGUUGAUUGUAUCAAAUUGUAUCUUAAGUUGGUAAAGUGAUCAAUAAACAUGUUAAUACCUAAA